ACCUUCCGAUCCACAAUGAAGGCUUCAAUUCUCGUUACCAUCUUUGGAGUAUUGUUCUCGCUUGCAGCUGCCAAAGUCGGGCCGAAGGUUACCGAUAAGGUUUUCUUUGAUGUUACAAUCGGCGGAAAGCCAGCAGGAAGACUUGUCUUUGGUCUCUUUGGCGCAACAGUCCCAAAAACUGUUGAUAAUUUUAAGGGACUGGCGCUGCAUGUAAAAGGCUUCGGCUACAAGAGCAGCAUUUUCCACAGGGUGAUCCGCGGUUUUAUGGUGCGUGGUGACUUUGAGAAUCAAAAUGGUACUGGUGGUAAAUCAAUCUACGGAGAAAAGUUUGACGAUGAAAACUCGUACGUACAGCACACAGGCCGUGGCUUUCUUUCUAUGGCCAACGCUGGCCCAAGCACUAAUGGCUCUCAAUUUUUUAUUUUGUUCAAGGAUACUCCCUGGCUGGAUGGCCGCCAUGUCGUGUUUGGCACGGUGAUUGAGGGGCAAAAUGUUCUUGACGCGAUUGAAAACGUCAGGACGAACAGCAGAGAUCUUCCUCAGGAGGAGAUUGCCAUUGCUGAUUGUGGUUCUAUUGACGUCGACGAGCCCUACAACCUCGAAGUGUGAGCCUGUGAGUCUCGGCCACAAACGGCAGACCCAACAGAAGGACUUUCAGCUGGCCUGCGCCUCUUUCAUAGGUAAUAAACGCAUUCACCCAAACUCU